UUUUAUAUAAUAAGCUAAGCAGUGUUGAUUUUUUAUAAGCUAAUUAGAUCUUUAUUCUCUUUAAUUUAUAAUACUAUUUUGGAAGAUAAGAAGGAUACAAUGAGUUUGAAUAACAGCGCUAUACAGAAUUCUAAUGUAGAAAACUUGUAAAAUAGCAAUUCUCUUGAUCAAAGUAAAUAAUUAUGUGAUAAUUUAACUGAAGAUCAGAUUUAAAGAUUAAAUGGAGAGAAGCUUAUAGAAGCAGGAAUAGCAGUACUGAAUAAAAUUCCAACAAAAAGAGCCAAAUCAGAUAUUGAAAUUUUAAUAAGAUUGACUGAAGAAGUGCAAUUUUUUAAAAAUCACUUUGGUCAGAAUCAUCACUCAAUGCUUCAAGAGUAUUCAGAGCAUUUUGGUUAUCAAAAAUGUAGCAGAGGAGAUAUAGUCUUUAAAUAAGGUGAUUAAGGUGAUAAAUUCUACUUAAUAUUAAGAGGAUAAGUUAAAGUCCUUGUUUCUGUAAAAAGGUAGUUGUAAUAGAAUCCUUAAGAAAAAGCAGAUAAAAAUAAAAAGGUAAAAAAUGAAAAAGAAGAAUAGCUCGAAAUUAAAGUUCUUAAAUCCGGAGAAACUUUUGGAGAGCUUGCAAUUAUUGAUUCGAAACCAAGAGGAGCUACAAUUGUUUGUAUGGAAGAUUGCGAUUUUAUUGUAUUUGAAAAGAUUUCUUUCAUUAAAAUUUUAAAGGAUUAAGAAACUGAAAAAUUAAGAAAUGAAAUUAAUUAACUAACUAAGAUUUAUCUCUUUAAAGAUUUUUCCUUAAAUCUUUUGAAAAAUUUAUAUCUCCUGUUCUCAGUAAAUAGCUAUCAAAGAGGUGAUGUAAUAUACAGAGAAGGGGAUGAAUCUGAUAAAUUAUACAUCAUAAGGGAAGGUGAAUUCAAAGUUUCUAAAAAAUUUGAAUACAAUCUAGAUGAAGCGAAAAUCAAUAAGCUGAAUAACAAUGAAAAAAUGAGUAAAGUUAAGAUUUUAGAUAUUGGACUAAUUGGAAAGUUUUAGUCUCUAGGUGAAGAAGAGUUUUUUGUAGGAAUUUAGAGAGAGGUAACAGUAACUUGUGUUUCGAAAGAUGCUGUGAUUAUGGCUAUUAAUAAAAAGGACUUACUCAAAAAGAUGAGUUAUGACUAAAAUAGUGUUCGUCUUAUGCAGAGCAGAGCUAAGGACAAAUUUGAUUUUAGAUAAUCUAAGCUAAAACAGUUAUAAGAAAAGUUCUAGGAAGAUGAAGAGUCUGUUGUGCUUAAGAACUAUAAAAGGAAUAUUUUGAAAAUCAGUAAAAAGAUAGAAGAAGUCAUAGAUUCUAAUGAUAUAAAUUAGUUUAGCAUUAAUAGCUAAUUUUGUGUUGAAAAGACUACUUUGUCUAAGAAAUAGCAACAAGAAAAUUUUGUAAUCCCAGAUUAAAACACUAUUCGAUCAAACGAUUAAAGCUUUGAAUCACAAGAAGCUGAUGUUAACUAGAAUAAUAUCAGUAAAAUAGGAACUCCGAGAUCUUAAAGGUAAGGAAAUUACACACCUGGAAGAGAUUCGCUGUUUAAACUAAAUUCUCCUAAAUAGAAUUAAACUCUGAAUAAUAGCUAAUUGUUUCGCUAAAACAGCUUGAAUAGCAGUCAUAUUAAAAGUCAUGAUAACUCUGCCUUUUUAUAUAAAAAUUCUCCUAAACAAUCAGAAAGUAAUUAAGACGCUUAAUUUGCUAAUUUUUCUCAGUUCCUAUAAAACAUGGAUGAUAGCUCUUCCUCUAAAUAAUUUAAUUAUCCUGUGCCAAAUUUGUUGCAAAAUUUGCAAAGAUCUCAAUAAAAAAACUCAAUAUUUUUCAAAUAAGGAGGUAACAAAUAAAAACCUAAAAAGAAAAUUUUGUUGAGGAUCAAUGAAAAACUAAAGGAUUGUACAUUAGAUGACAUUAAAAAGUAGUAAUAAACUAGUUUUAAUCAAGAAAACACAGUAAAUUAGCUGAUUAAUUUUAAUGUCCAAAAAAUGGCUGAAGAAAAUAGAAUUCAAAUAAGUUCUUCUGAGAUUUAGACAAGCAGAAGUAGUAGUUCAAAUUCUGAAUAAGUUUCUGAACAAAAGCAGAGUAUUAAGUCAAUUUAAAAAAAUAACAACAUAAAUUCUGAAUUAGAUGGAUUUAACUUUUUAGGAAUAUAGAACUUAAAGCACUCUUAAUCAACGAGGAAUCACAAUUCUAAAUAAAUAAAUUUCCCUGGUUAAGAAAGCAAAGUUAAUAAUAACUGCUUUGCAGUUAAAUCUUAGGGCAAUAUUUUAAAUUAUAGUAUGACGUAAAGUUAGUAAUCUGCUUUGAAUAAUUUUCAAUAAUAAUAAGAAAUAGAUCAGAGUUACGAUUAAAAUUUAGAUUAACAAGAUGUAAGUCGUAAGAUAUCAAUAUGCAAUAAUGACUCAAAAGCAUCGAAAAAUGAUUCAUAUUUAUCAGACGAAAACAGCAAAACUCCUUCAAAGAUAGUUGUUUCAUAAAAUCUUAAGAUUCAAAAUUAAAAAAAAGUAAAUAACAGCAAUAAUAUAAUUAUUUAUCAAGAGAAGACUAGAAACUCAAUAUUGACUGAUAAAUGUAGAGAUUUUCUAAACAUGGAUAAUAAAAUUAUUUAAGAUAAAGCUAAGGCAAAAUCAGUUAUGAAAAAUCCAUUUCUCUACAUAGAUGAAUUUCCAUUGCCUAAAAAUGUCUCAACAAAUUUAGAGGACUAAGAUGUUGAUCGCUUGAUAUAAGAAAAAAUUAUUAAUUAAGUAGUUAAAGGAAAUAAUGCAAAAAGAAAUAGUUUCUUUAUGCAGCCUUUGCUUUAAUAGUAAAUCUAAUAAAAGGCGUUUCAUAUAAAUGAUGAAAAAAAAAUCAACGAGUAUGAGGAAUUUUAAUAUACACCAUCCAAUUAGUAAGCAAGCUAAAGAUUAUUCAAAAACCAAGAAGAAAGUUUUCAAGCAUUCUAUAAUUAAUCAAAAGAGAUCCCUGCUUAAGACAAUCCUCCUGACCAGAAAAAAAACUAAACUCCUUUAGAAACAAAUAGAAGUUUAUAGUUAUUAGCUUAAACAUAACAAUCUCCUUCAUCAAAAUUAAGAUCAAACAAAUAUUCAUACUCUAUUAGACCAUUAGUAUUCUAAACUAAUAUAUUUCAUUAAGAUACAUCUGAAUUAAUUAGACCUUUAUCAUCUUAGAUUGGAAGUUCUAAGAACAAAACCUCACAUAAAAAAGCCAAUACAUAAUUAGAUUAAUCAUUGACUAAAAGCAAUACAGCUCGUCCGUUAUCAUCUGUUGUAUAAUCUUCUAAUGAUAAAAUAGUUAGUAGAAAACAUAAAAACUCUAUCAGCGGAUAAUUAAAAACAAUAAAUUUCGAUGACCUUUCUUAAUCUCCCAUUUUAAAUCAUUUUAGACAACUUUCUUCUGGUAGAACGUUUGUGUUAGAAAAACAAAACUCAUAACAGCCCUUUAAAUAAGAAUUAAAUUAAAAAAUAGAGGAAUUAAUUGAAAAAAAAAAAUAAGUACAAAACUAGCAGGCAUAAACAAACUUUGUGUAAGUUUAAAUUUAAAGACCAAAAACCUCUUAAACAGUAUUUAAACAUGACUUUAAAGCAAUACCCUGUUAAUAAGUAAACAACUAAGUUUACCACGUUUAUAAUUGCAAAGGAAAAAAUGAUGGAAAAUGUUUAUGCAAAAGCAAUCACCUUAAUUUACUUCCAUUAAAAUUUAGAACAGAUUUAAUCAUGCAAAAUCAAAAAGCAAUAAAAAAAAAUUGUUUCUCUGUUAGAAUGUAAGGGAAAAUAUACUAAAAUGCUGUUUGA